AUGCCUUCCGCUAUGGGACAAGGAAAGGUUGGACCUAGCUUCGCUGAGCGAGCAGGCUCGCGAGCGCCGCUGGUCUAUUUUUCUGAUGACUACAGUGAAAGCCUACCCGUCUCACAAUCCACUGGAGGCUCUCCGGACAUUCCUACACAGACUGAGGCCUUCCAGAUGGUCCACAGGAGCGAUGCAGUGAAGUAUUCCGCUUCGAAACGACGAAGUCUCGGCAUCGCCAAGACAGCCGCACCGCUUCUAUCCAUGAUUACGAAUACACGGAACCCUGCCGGUGACGGAGGUGACCGCGACAUCAAUAGGUCCGAUGAUGCAGCUCGAUCAGCUUUGUCGGCGCGUCGGCAUGAUAGCGCAAUUGACGUGAGCUAUGAACCUGUCUCGCCGAUCGAGUCUCGUUACAACGUACCGAUCGGUCGUGAUGAUGGAUCGAUCUCUCCUGUGUCAUCAAUGUUCCCAACAGAGGGGCCUCGCCGAAGCUACUACCCGCCGUCAAGUUAUCGAAUGAAUGAAAAGGAAGAGCCUCUGCCAAUACCGAAACCUGGCUCACCCAUCAGUGAGCAGGAGCGAGCGCGUCUCCUCGGCGAGGCGGAAAAGCUUCGUCGUGAGUCCAAGCCGCGACAUUCCACCAUCAAGUUGACAAAGCCAGCCAAGCCAGAGCCCCUAGUCGUUCCAGAACUAGCUCAUCUUCGCGCUUCAAAAGGCGAUUCCAAGAAGGCCGUGAAAAGCCAAGGCCACAAGACAAGGGACCAUAGUGUUGCUUAUGUUCCAAAGUCUCCUGCAGCCGCCGCUGUCCUCGUCACAGACGUCGCUCGUCACCGGAGCUCCCGCAUACAGGUCGAAUAUGCAGAAUCGGUGACGACACUGAUCCCGUCUCGGGAUGACUACGCCGUACACCCCAAUGAACAAGGGGCUGCCGCGCCUCCUGUCACCAAGCGUAGGAGGGCGUCGUUGAAGGAUAUCGGCCAGAAGGUCCUUCAAGGUGCUCAGAAAGUCGUCCAGGGUGCUCAACAGGCUAGUCAAACAGUCUCAAAACACACUCGACGUGUUUCGCGAGAUUUUAAACUCCUCAGGAAUUCGAUCGCGGUUACGCCGAGCAAUCGACGCCAGUCCACGUUCCUUGAUCCAGAGCAGCUCAAGCCAAAGGAGGCAAGGAUCAAAGCAAACCGACUUUCCGCUCCACUGAACAGCAGUCCUUUAAGGCCCAUCCCCGUUCGACAAACCACAUUCGAACGGGUUUGCAUUCCGCGGGUCAGCAAUCCGGUCAAGCCUGUUCCGACUCGCCAACCUACACUCAAGGACACGUCUGCUUCGGCCAUAGCCGCUUGCCUCCCACCCGCCAACGAGGUCUAUAAUUCCAUGGCCACCCACUAUUUCACGGACUGCUCGCACAACACCAGCAUGCCUGGUAUCACACUACCCAUAUUUCCACCUCCGAAUGUCGUGGUACUGCAAGAUGAUACCCUUCGGUACCCUACACUCGAACAUCAGCAACACCUCAAGUCCCAACGUGAUCACGUCGACCUGAAACCUCACAGCGUCAGUCUCAUAGAAGGUCGAUGCGCUGGUUGCCACUACCUUCUUUGCCGUACUCUUGAGACCAUAAUCUUGGAUGAGUUCAAUGCCAGCGUCGGUCCUGACUCCGAGAUGGGAACCGCUCUUGCUGAGCUGCAGAAAGCACCCACCUUGGAUGGCAUCGCUCGGCCGAGCUUGCGUGGUCGUAGCGCCGGGGCUAAGUCGCUGGAGGCGUCCAUCGCCGAGGUGACUGUACAGCGCGACUUGGACGUCAAGAAGGUUUGGAAGGGCUUCUCCGCCGCAUGGGGACCUCGGUGUUGGGGAAUCAUUGGGACUGACGUCGAUGCGCCGACAGCGUCUGAGGUAUACGAGACUGCGACAAGGGCAGACUUCACGAGGACGGGCUAUGGCUAUAUGCGUACUGGUGAGCACGGUCGGCCGAUUGGCGAUCUCGUCCAUGAAGAUGGUCGGAUGAAGCUAGAUUGGCUUGAGAGGUAA